GGCGGGCCGCGGUGGGGCGACUGGAGAGCCGGGGCCGUUCCAUCAGUCCGCUAGCCGGCCGGCCCGCCAGGCAGGUUGCCGGGCCACUAAUGCUAGGGCGGAUCUGCCCGGCUUCGCCUCACCUUGCCUUGCACGGCACCAUGACGAGCCUCGAACCUCGGCGGCCGCCGGGCCUCGAUGGAUUGGCAGGGUCCAGCUCGCGCUCCGUGCUGCCGGCAUGGAAACGGGAGAUUCUGGAGAGGAAGCGAGCCAAGCUGGCGAGCCUGGGGGCCGGGCCCCGGGGCUUGGCCGGGGGGGCCGACGCUGGUGCUGGAGUCGAGGCUGCUGCAGGGACCGCGGCCGGGGCUGGGGGCGAGUGCCUCGGGGAGCCAGCCCCGGCGACGGAGCGGCUGGUGCUGGCCGAUAGCUUGGGCCCCCUGCGGGAGAACCCCUUCAUGCGGCUGGAGACCGAGCGCAAGCGGCAGCGGAGGGGGCUUGGAGCGGCGCCCGGGGCCCGGUCCUCGACGGGGCGGCCGGUGCAGCAGCUACUGGAGCUCUACAGCCGCGUCCCGGGCAUCCGUACCAUUCGUGCCGACAACAUCCUCAUCAUCGAGUCAGAGCCUGGCUUCUUGCCCGGCCAACGGCCCUACGAGGUGAGUGCCGCCGGCCAGCGCCCGGGCCCGGACCCCCUGCAGCAGCUACUGGCCAAGCGUGGUUGCUCCGUGGCGGAGAUCCGGGCCGCCGAGGUGGUGAUCUACGAGACGCCCCGGGCAGCCGCGGAGGCGGCCGCGGAGCCCGGCAGAGUCAGCCGUCUUUUGGAGAAGUUCGAUCCUCCGCUAGCUAGCGGUGAGCCCCGGGCCCGGGCCCGGGCCACGUCUCCCCCUCGGCGUCUCGGGAGCCCCGAGCGGAGCCGGCCUCUGGUGCCAAAGCCUUCUGCCGUCGAGCAGCGGAACUCAGCGACCUCCCCGUCCCUGCCCAGCCCCGGACCCCGUAGUCCCAGCGUAGGAGAGAGAGCUGCCUGGUUCCAGAGGGAGCAGGCAUCGGCCGCUGUCCCAUCCCGACUCAGUGACUUCCUCCAGAAGACAGGCAGCAACUCUUUUACUGUCCACCCCCGGGGUCUGGCCAGAGGAAGCGGGAUAGUACCAAAUGGACCUGCCAUCGAGGCCACCCCGGAGCCCCGUCUGGGUCCUGCCAAUGGCCUCCCUGCAGUGGGUGGGCCUGUGCCAUCCUCUUCCAGUACUUCCAAAGGCACCGACAAUCGGAAGCCAAAUGCUGAGGAGGAGGCACCUAACCUCCACUCUUCCCCUGGCCUUUGCCCGGUGGGUAGUGCCAAUGGGGGACCCAGUGCCACUCCAUCUGCCCCUUCCACAUUUCCCAAACACAGCCUGGCCAGUGCCACUCCCAGUCAGAGAAGGUGGGUUUCUGCAGCCACCAGCACCAAUGACUCUUUUGAAAUCAAGCCUGCUCCCAAGCCAGAUAUGGAGACCAUCCCUGAUGAGGAUAUCCAGGCUAAGGCCUUGGCCAACCUCAGGAUGAACUCCAAAAACUCCUUUGUCUUCAUCCCCAAGCCCAGGGUGGAAGUGCUAGGCUCCAGGGCUGGUCAUCCAGUGGGGAGCAAAACCUGUGAGCAGCCAAAGGGAAAGGCCAGUGUUGGUUCUCAGUCUGGCCACUUGACCCACAUACCUCUGGAAAAUGGGGGCCAGCACCCACAGGAAGUUGUGCCUGCCUACAGGAAUCACUUGGGAGGUGAGGCCCUGCAGGCAGCUGAGGAAGGGGAUCCUCAGAAACAAAUAGCCACAGCUCUCUCAGAGGUGAAUCACAAGUGGCAGGGGGAGGUAUCCGUAUCCCCCUCUAUAGAGAGACCUUCCAAACAAGAGCCUUGUGGAGGCUUUGAGAUUUCUGACACAUCCCUCAGUUCCUCAGUUACCCAGAUUCAUGAAGAGCCCAGUAGACCAGGGCUUCCUGUUACUUAUAUUGAUGAGGUAGAUUCAGAUGAUGAAUCCUACCAAGAGGCCAAACCAGCUUUCAGAUUCACUGAUGCUCCUCAUUAUCGACCUCAUCCUUCUCUGCCUAAUAGCAAAUCUGAAGUUCACUACCGGAGCAACAAUACAUUCACGGUGGUGCCUAAUAGGAAACCAGCUGCCUCUGAGGCGAAAUUUAGCCCACCAAAUGGGGAGCUGUAUACUGAGGAAGAGGAAGAGGAAGACCAGUGGAAAGAGAAAACUCUUGAAGACCCUGAAGCAUCCCAUGAGAAUGUGGGGAUGUUACUCAAGAAACGUUAUCCCACUGUCCAUGAGAUUGAAGUGAUUGGGGGCUACUUGUCCCUGAAGAAGUCCUGUUUAACCAAGAUUGGGUCCUCAAGGAAAAAGAUGAAGAUUUCCUUCAAUGAGAAGAGCCUGCAGACCACAUUUGAAUACCCCUCGGAGAGCUCAUUGGCACAGGAAGAAGAGGCAGAGGAGGAAGAAGAGGGGGCAUCUGGCUCUGAGGGGGAUGAUGAGGAGAAACCCUUUGCUGUCUUCCUUCCUCGAGCAACUUUUGUAAACAGCACUGUAAUGGAGGGUGCCACUCGACCUCCAGAAUCCAGCUCAGGUCUGUCCAGUUACACUCCAAAGCAUUCAGUGGAGUUCAGUAAAUGGCAGGAACAGAAGUAUGAUGCAGGCCCAUGUGAAGCUGGGGCUAGCCCUCAGAAAGAAGUCAUGCUUACCCCAGCCAGCAAGAAUGACCUCUCAGAUUUCCGAAGUGAGCCUGCCCUCUAUUUCUGAUCUCCCAGCACCUUGGACUGAGAAACAGAUGGACCAGUAGCACUUCAUCUUGUUGGGGCUGGAAAUUCUCCAGAUAUUAUCCUGCCAUUCCCCUGUCCCCCCAGGACCAUGGUGCUUGGGAUGCUUGGUAAAGUCAUAGGCAGUGGGUGCCACAAUUCUCCAGUGCUGUGGUUGGGGAGCUCAGCCACUGGGGUCAUAACUAGCUGUCGCUGGUUUCUCUGGCUUGCUCCUGCCUAGUGACGAAGUACUCAGGAUCUGUGCCUACAGCAUUUCCAGAGCUAUGUGAUUAGUCCUCCGUAGGGCCUCAGCCCUAAGAAGCUCCAUUGCCACCUUAUCUUUGGGGAAUGCUGGGGCCUGGCCAUGCCCUAACCCCCCCCCCCCAAGCCUGGCAGGGCAGCCCCUCCCUGUUGGUUCAAAGGGGGCUUACAAUCUACUUCUGUUCAUGUCCCAAGGCUUCCUCCGGUCCUCUGCUAUAUAACCCAAGCCUGCGAGUGAAGCAUCUUCCUCUUUUCCUGGUAGCACUGAUAUUGGCAGGACUGGGGAUAUUGCCGUCUUCUGUUGUCCUGCCCUUCUGUCUACUCCCAGUGCUUCUCCACAUCCCUUGCCUCCUCACUGUUGGCCCUUCCUUGUUUAGUCUGGCUCUGUUCUGCUGAGGGGGAUACAACCUUCUGGGAGGGUGAAGGUUGACACAAGAAGAGGAGGCCAUGACUGCACCUAAGAGGGCCUUCUUUUUCCUUUGCCCAAGGGAUGCAGGGGCCUUUUGGCAGAAGCCUAGGCCCGACACCAACCUAGGGUGUUUACUCUCCAUUUGCAAUUGCCCUUUGUGCCAGGUUCUGGUGUAGCUGCCUGUCUCUGUUUGCUUUGCUAGGGCAGCCCUCUUCCUGCUCUGAAUUUACUACUGAGGCUAGCAAUGCCUAGCCGGUUUAAAGGCACUCCACGUCUGUACUGGAUACCAGGACUUUACAUGAAAGGGUAGAGGGGAUGUGCACAUGUGAAAAGAGAGUGAAUUUAACCAGGCCUGGCCUAGCCAGAAAGCAGGGAUUCAGUCUCUGCACCCCACCCUGCCUUCUUUGCCUUGACCCCUUUCUGGGGUCCUAGGGGCUUGACUCCAUAGGUGGUUCUUCCCCCUCCAUUCAACCAGUCAAUACUUAUACAUAUGGUUGGAAUUAGCACAGUUCACUUUGUAAUUAACCGGAAUAAUUUCUUUCUCACCUGAUAAAUGGGACUCAAUAAACAGCACUAGAGAACCUUU